GAGUACUGUGUGAAUUCUUGCAUGGAGGGGACGUCACAGCCCGACCACAGCGAGCAGAAGUAGAAAUAGGAUCAUACCUAGACAGUGAAGUUGAAUCUGAAACAUCAAAACAUAACACAUUACACCAAACGGACAAAGUUGAUGUCUAAAAGUCUCGGGGCGACUCCUUACAGAAUAAUCGCAUCGUAAUAUUUGUGCGUCGUGACCAUCGCUCGCUCGCUGGGAUAAAAGGCCCGCGGUCUGAAAACAAGGGGCUGUUUAUGAUUUCCCGUUCUUCCCCCUCUCUCUCUCCGACAAAUCGGCGGAGGUUUUGCGCACAACCGGGAGGCGCCGCUGACUGACGGCAGGAGAGAAUGAAAGUUUGCCAGGCGGGCGGAAUAUUAUUCGACGUAAACGCUUCUUGUUUUUGACGUAGGGAUCGCGCAGUUCAAUCUGAUACGCGUUUUAGAGACUUCUGAAAACUGCGGGCAUUUGUUAAGGCGAGCAGUGACAUCGAAAUCCAGUUAGAAAUCCUGUUUAAGGCGUGUGCGUGGGUUGCGCCGAACAUGAAGGUUGUGGCAGAUUGACGCGGAUAUCACGAGCGCUGCUGUUUGGGAGAUAGGCUUCUCAAACGUCUACCUUUCUAUCCACAUAUUUCGGAUUAUACUGCUCGUUAAUAUAUAAAUCAAGUGUUUUUCACUGUGGUACGAUUGGUUUAGUUUACGCAGUGCUGCCAGAAUGAGUGUAGAGAGGGAGCGCAGUGUGGCACAUCUGAUCGGAUCCAAGCGGCACUUCAAGCUCAUGUAAAUGUCGCUAUGCAAUCUUUAGGAUUAUAGGCUAAACCUCAAGCAUUUAUCAUCUAUAAAUGCUCGCGAGGCUGUCGAACAUCGUCUGCUAACGUUCGUAUGAAGAACAGGACCACUUGGCCCUGAAGAACCUCUUGUUCUCCGGUAAAAAAAUAUUUUUAUGGGCAGAAAUCCUGCAGCUGUUUUCGCACUCGGUUAAACUGGCGGCGGCGGGGACGAGCCAAAUGUUUCUCCGGGAAGCUUACAAGUUUUUAUGAACCGUCCGUUGAAAUAAACAUUGUGAAAAGCAAAUCACAAUAAAAGUACGGAGUACGUGUUUUUAAUCGUCGCUACCUUCAGGGACUGCUCUGAAAAUGUCCGAAAACGCACCUACGCGGAGUCUGGAUGACAUCGACCUGGCCGCCCUGCGGGACCCAGCAGGAAUCUUCGAGCUGGUGGAGGUCGUGGGCAAUGGCACCUACGGACAGGUGUAUAAGGGUCGUCAUGUUAAGACGGGUCAGCUGGCUGCCAUAAAGGUCAUGGAUGUGACUGAAGAAGAGGAGGAGGAAAUUAAAGCAGAGAUUAACAUGCUGAAGAAAUACAGUCACCAUAGAAACAUCGCUACCUACUACGGAGCCUUCGUGAAGAAGAGUCCGCCCGGACACGACGACCAGCUUUGGUUGGUGAUGGAGUUUUGCGGCGCUGGCUCAGUGACAGACUUAGUAAAGAACACAAAGGGUAACUCAUUGAAAGAAGACUGGAUCGCCUAUAUCUGCAGAGAGAUACUGAGAGGGCUGUCUCACCUCCAUGCACAUAAAGUCAUCCACAGAGACAUCAAAGGACAGAAUGUUCUGCUGACAGAGAACGCAGAGGUUAAACUUGUGGAUUUUGGGGUGAGUGCACAGCUGGACCGUACAGUAGGCAGAAGAAACACAUUCAUCGGUACGCCGUACUGGAUGGCACCGGAGGUCAUUGCUUGUGAUGAGAAUCCAGACUCCACCUAUGAUUACAGGAGUGAUAUCUGGUCUCUGGGGAUCACUGCUAUAGAAAUGGCUGAAGGAGCUCCUCCGCUCUGCGACAUGCAUCCCAUGCGAGCCCUGUUCCUUAUCCCACGGAACCCUCCUCCUAAACUAAAGUCCAAGAAAUGGUCUAAGAAGUUUAUAGAUUUCAUCGAGGGCUGUCUGGUAAAGUCAUAUCCAAGUCGUCCAUCCACAGAACAACUACUGAAGCAUUCGUUCAUCAGAGACCAGCCCACAGAAAGGCAGGUCCGCAUCCAGCUCAAAGAUCACAUCGACCGCACUCGCAAAAAACGCGGUGAAAAGGAGGAGACCGAGUACGAGUACAGUGGUAGUGAUGAAGAGGAUGAGAACAGAGGGGACGAGAGAGAAUCAAGCUCUAUUUUAAACGUUCCGGGUGAGUCGACGUUGCGCAGGGAUUUCCUGCGGCUGCAGCAAGAGAAUAAGGAGCGCUCGGAGGCCUUAAAGAGACAGCAGGCGCAGCUCGCUGCUCAGCGCAGAGACCCCGAGGAGCACAAACGCCAGCUGCUGCACGACCGCCAGAAACGCAUAGAGGAGCAGAAAGAACAGAGGCGUCGCUUAGAGGAGCAACAGAGGAAGGAGAGAGAGAUGGUGCGGCAGCAACAGGAUAAAGCUCCUCACCGGAGACUCGAUGACAUGAGGCGAGAGGAGGACAGGAGGAUGGCAGAGCGAGAGCAGGAGUUUAUAAGACAUAAGUUGGAGGAAGAACAGCGGCAGUUAGAGAUACUGCAGCAGCAAUUACUGCAGGAACAGGCAUUGCUGAUGGAGUACAAGCGUAAACAGCUGGAGGAGCAGAGGCAGUCAGAGAGACUUCAGAGACAGCUCCAGCAGGAGCAUGCUUACCUUGUCUCACUGCAACAACAGCAGCAACAAGACAAAAAGCCACAGAUGUACCACUACAGCAAGAACCUGGAGAACAAUAAACCGGCCUGGGCUAGAGAAGUUGAGGAGCGCAGUAAAUUGAACAGACAGGGUUCUCCCAAAAUCUGCACUACAGUCUCAGACACCAACAUCCAAUCACGCUCUGAGUCCAUUAACCAAUCGGGAGCCGCACAGACUCCACCUAUGCAGAGGCCUGUGGAACCACAGGGUGGACAGGGCAAGUUUCAGAUGGCCCACCUGGUGCCGUUAAAACCGUACGCCGCUCCUGUCCCUCGCUCUCAGUCUCUCUGCGAUCAGCCCACUAAGACCAUGUCCGCCUUCCCCACCCAGGAUCCCUCUCCCACACCCACACCUCGCCCACUACACUCCAGAGAACUAGUCCGUCAAAACUCUGACCCCACCUCAGAGACCCCCGCCCCUCAGUCUCGGCCAAUGAGAGAUGACCGAGGGCCCUGGAUCCGUCUUCCAGAGAUUGAACAGCCUCCUAAAAUUCCACAGAGAACAGCCUCAAUAGCCACUGCAUUAAACACAAAUCUCUCAUCUGGAAUCCGACACCCGGUUCGAGCAAGUAAUCCAGAUCUGAGUCGUAAUGAACGCUGGGAGAGAGGAGACAGCAUGAGUAUCAUGUCCAACCUGCCACAGACCGGCUCUCUAGAGAGACACCGCAUACUCAGUUCAUCUAAGAUGGAUUCCUCCCCCACCUUGUCCCAUGACGGUCGACACAAACCAGGAGAAUCCCGAACCUCGUCCAGACCCAGCAGACCAGCGAGCUAUAAGAGAGCAAUAGGAGAGGAUCAUGGACUGUACUCUAAGGAGCGGGCAGAAGAACAGCCGAGGCCUCCAGUGAAGGCUAAUGACUACUCGUCCUCCUCAGAAAGCAGUGAGAGCAGUGAAGAGAGCGAGAGUGGAGAGGGAGCGGAGGAGGAAAGUCCCACUGACCGCCCGCGUGAUGCAGACUCUGACUCAGUGAACACUAUGGUGGUCCAUGAGGAGGAGGAGGGUGAAGGGGGAGAUGAAGAACGUGCUGGAGGUUACGGGGACCAAACCAUGCUUGUACAGAGGACUCCAGAAAAGCGGAGUCAUAAUGGAUACACUAACCUGCCCGAUGUGGUCCAGCCCUCCCACUCUCCCACAGACUCGGCCUCCCACUCUUCUCCUGGGAAAGACUCUACCUAUGAUUAUCAGUCCAGGGGAUUGGUGAAAGCUUCCGGAAAAUCCUCCUUUACUACCUUUGUGGACCUUGGAAUGUACCAGACGCCAGGUGGUACUGGAGAUAACAUGUCUGUUGGAGGUCUGGGCUCUCGUUUUGAGCAGCUAAAACUGGAGGUCAGGAAAGGAUCGAUGGUCAAUGUCAAUCCCACCAACACUCGCCCGGUUAGCGACACUCCUGAAAUCCGCAAAUACAAGAAAAGAUUCAACUCCGAGAUCCUCUGCGCUGCUCUCUGGGGUGUGAAUCUGCUGGUGGGGACAGAAAACGGUCUGAAGCUGCUGGAUCGCAGUGGACAGGGUAAAGUGUAUCCACUGAUCAACUCGCGCAGAUUCCAGCAGAUGGACGUUCUGGAGGGACUGAACUUACUCAUCACUAUAUCAGGAAAGAAGAAUAAGGUGCGUGUUUAUUAUCUGGCAUGGUUGAGGAAUAAAAUCCUGCAUAAUGACCCAGAGGUGGAGAAGAAACAGGGCUGGACCACAGUAGGGGAAAUGGAGGGGUGUGUCCACUACAAAGUGGUGAAAUAUGAAAGGAUUAAGUUUUUGGUUAUCGCUCUGAAGAAUGCGGUAGAGGUUUAUGCCUGGGCUCCCAAACCUUACCACAAAUUCAUGGCCUUUAAGUCUUUCGGGGACCUGCCACAUAGGCCUCUGUUGGUUGACCUCACAGUGGAAGAGGGUCAAAGGUUAAAGGUCAUUUAUGGGUCAAGUGCUGGCUUCCACGCCAUUGAUGUCGACUCUGGAAACAACUAUGACAUCUACAUUCCUGUGCAUAUCCAGUCACAGGUGACUCCUCACGCAAUCGUAUUCCUGCCUAAUUCAGACGGGAUGGAGAUGCUGUUGUGUUACGAGGACGAGGGCGUUUACGUCAACACGUAUGGCCGCAUCAUUAAAGAUGUGGUGCUGCAGUGGGGAGAAAUGCCCACAUCUGUGGCUCAUAUCUGCUCUAAUCAGAUUAUGGGCUGGGGAGAGAAAGCCAUCGAGAUCCGCUCGGUUGAGACGGGACACCUGGACGGAGUCUUCAUGCACAAGAGAGCUCAAAGGCUUAAGUUCCUGUGUGAAAGAAACGACAAGGUGUUUUUUGCGUCCAUCCGUUCUGGUGGCAGCAGUCAAGUCUACUUCAUGACCCUCAACAGAAACUGCAUUAUGAACUGGUGAACAUAGAUCCUGCUGUGCGCGCACAUAUAAACACUAAAGAGAUUCCAACACGCAACCAUUUCACACACUCACACUCUGUAAAUACAAACCCGCACAAGACUACAGACCAACACACACAGUUACUCGAUCCACAUCUUCCAGAAGACACUCCUUCAUUCUCCUGUGAUUUCUGAGCCAACUGCACAAAGUGUGUGUGCGUGCGUCUGUGAGCACGCGGCUGACCUCUGGCAGAGCAAUGUUGUGUACAGCUACAGUCAUUCAUUUACACGGUUAGCUUUCAGCUCCCUGUAACAACAUUCCUCUCCCAUUCUGUUUCUGACGUUUUUAGGACCAGACGAAAAGACUAAUUGUACAUUAUUACCGGAAAUGUGUGUGAACUAAGAGAAUCACAAAACUGUUGCGCGUGUUCUGACGUAGCAGCGGCACGUGUGUUUGUGAGACUUUAUAAGCUACGACGAGCAGCAGAAACAACUGGUGGUUUAAGGUGAUACUGCGACAUCUGUAAUUUUCCAUUUCCACUGUAUAGUGUAGUAGCUGUUUGUUAUCGGUUGCGUUUACAGUUUUGGAUAAAAGUGACGUUUUCUUUUCAAUUAGUAGAUUAGAAAGUGAUUUCAAAUAUGUAUCAUUUUCCUUCUGAGAGAGGGAAAGGGAAGGGUUUUGCUUUCUUGACGUAUAAACAAUAAAUUGUCGCCGUUAAAAAUGUUUAAACCGUCCGAAGGUGGCGGCUUAGAAAAGAGAAGCCAGCGUUUCGCUUUUCCACUAGUCGGCUGGUAAGCCCAGUCACAGUCUCUGGUUUCGCUUUUCAAAGCACUUUUUUUUCUUUCUAUGUGGAAAGUAUCAUCAUACUACAGUUUGAUAUUCUCUGUACGUAAACGUAUUUGGUAUAUGACACCUACUUUUAUUAUCUGCUGUUCUAUAGCCGUUCUAUUGCAAUACGUGCUGUGUGCUCGUUCUCGUACGAAGUUUUACGAAGGAGUCUCUCUUCGGUUAUUCUGAUUCUAGGAGCAGAAAGAUAUGUUUCUCUGGAUAUGAUUGAUUUUGUUAUUGGCAGCAUAAAUGUAUAGGGCAGUUGACACGUUGUAAAUUGUACAUAGCGGCCACGAUCAUAUUUAGAUCUUGUUUGUAUUCACUAGGCACAUGUUUUUUUAGGAGUGAAAUCACUACAUUAUACGAUGUUAGCAUUUUUUUCCUCGCACUUAUUUCUGGUCUUGUGUUUAUGCUGUCAAAAUCGCUUGAUGUGGUAAAUGUAGUUUUUUUAGUAGGCAGGUUUGCAGUUCUGGAUUGUUUCAGGGAUGUGCAUUGAAUCAGACUUUUUCUGUAAGAAAUUUUUGGACCCCGACAUAUUUUAGAUGACUUAGGCAUGAAUCUGAGCAAGAAUAUCAUUUGUUCUCCGACCGUGUGUGUCAAGAGAAGCGUGUGUGCGCAAGUGUGUGUGUGUAUCAAUGGGGAAUAUGAAUCCGUAACGUACAGUAGGAUCAGUAUCAAGCAAUAGUUUAGGGAUUAGUGAUGGGUUUAUGCCUUGUGUUGCACGUUAUUUUCGAGCUUUUCACUCAUUUCCAUGCGGAUAAUCGACAGCAUAUUGCCUGCAUACUGGUCUAAAAUGAUGUCUUCAGAAUAUAGUCUUUAUCUUGUCCCAGCUUUUAAAAGCGAGUAUUAUAGAUAUUCCGAAAACGCUGCCUUUUACAAAGCGGAUAUGAGCUUGUAAUUACAAAAAUAAAUUCAUGACGCACUUUGGUCCUUAGUGAAUAUUUUUCUAGUUAAGAAUGAUAAAUUUGUACAGUAGCGUGUGGCAGUACAAUCAUCAUCAGUGAUCUAAUAAGUCCCUCCCCCUUUCUGCUGCCACAAAGUGACACUUGUCUAGACAAGUAGUGAUGACGCAGUCAGUCAGUCAUUAAAAAAGCACUUAUGAGCAAAACACAUCAGACAAACAUUUAUAAAUAAAGUCGCAUUUUAGUAAGAAUCGAGAAAAUAAUCUAGAUGUCUUAACUAGAUUCUGCUGUGCCAUUAUGACAAAUUCUCUCUCUUCAAAUCUUUUCGUUCCUCUUCACUUUCGCUAUAGGAUUUGUAAGUAAAUCAAACUGCCAUGUUUACUGAAAUAACAGUGCCUUGGAUUGGGUAUAUUUGCUAGAUCGUGUGUACGAGAGCGAUGAGCAAGUGAUUGUUUCAAUAAGAAUAGACGUUCAGGGAAGUUAGCGAGAUUUCAAAAGAAAGCUAGUCCGUCAUUCAGUUAGGGGUCUCGUGCCAACGAAGUGCACUUAAAUUGACAAUAGCCAGAGCACCAAGACAGGCUCCUCUCUCGCCCCCCGUUUUAGCACAAAGCCAUAAAGAGUUUCUCCGCAGUAUUUAGACUUAAAGCUCAAAGCAACAGCUGCCCGUUUAUUUAAGGACUAAAAAUAGCCCAACAGGUAGAUGAAAGACGGAGCUCUUCGUUCUUGAGUGGAUUAUGGGUGUGUAGCUUCCAGUUGGCUGUAUAAUUUUGCCAAAGAGGGAAAGCCUUAGGUUGUCAUGCAGGAGGUUCAGGAAAGGUUCGGGUUGUCAUGGCGAGGACUGUGAUUUAACAGUCUCCGGCAUUCCAAAGAGCUCUUGGAAUUUGGUUAGAUUUUUGAUGCUUAUGGUUUUUAUAUCAAAAUUAUGAUCAAAUAUACUAGAGAGGAUAUACAGUUUAUAGCAUCAUAUUAUAUGGAAGAGUUUAUAAAAGCAGGACAGAAUGGGAAAAACACAGUAAAUAAUAUAUAACCCCACAAUUGUUUUUUUGUUGUUGUACCUAAAUAUAUUUGUGAAAGGACAUACAGAAGAAUUGAAUAAAUAGAACUCAAUAACUGACUGCGUUUAUGUAUAUCAUAACAUGUUGCUGUGUGAAUAUUAAUCCUAGCACAACGCUUCUCGUCGUUUCGAAGUCAACGCUGUACAUACGCUGUACAUUCAGACUCAUCUCCCUCCCCUCUCUUUCCCGGCGAGCGUUAUAAAAGAGCGUGCCGUGUGGGUGUGCGAAUGUGCAUGUGUGAAUAGGAGAGCUAUUUUUGAUCAGAGUGUGUGCCGUUCAUUAUUCCCUCCGAGGAAAGAGAGCGGGGGGAGAAAGAGAAGACCAGUUAAAAGCUAUCGUGGACCAGUAUGGCCAAACGUACACACGAAUCAUCACCGGAUUCAAGCCACAGAUGUGACUCAUGUCAGAUCUGUAAAGGCACCAACGACCAAAUGUAACAUUUAGACUUUCUCCUGAUCUCCCAGUAUUUAAAGCAGCUUGUGUUUCUCAAACGGUCAUGAAAUCCACCUGCUUGUCAAUAUUCAACAAUAGAAGCAUUUUAAAAUGCUAGAGCAGGUCACGUAGCUGGUUUUAGAGAGGUGUGGAGCUGUCUGGUUUCGUUUAAGGCCUUUAUCUGCUGUGUUUGAGGUAUUUAUCUACUCGACAUGCUAUUAGCACUAUGCUGACAUGUGGCAUUUCUUUAGCUGUUCUCUAGUAACACGAAGUUAAUCCCUUAGCUGGUUUUGUAAAAUAUUUACUACAAAGAAUAAAAUAGUUCAUGAUUUUGUUUUCAUUCUUUGGUUUAAUAGCAGUAGCCAGGAGAGGUUAAAGGUCGAUUUGGAGGUCUUGAUAAAGUUGAUCCUCUGUGAUGGGUUCAUUAUCGCUCUGUUGUUAUACUUUUCAGAAGUUAUUUGUUUGAGAAGUGCUAGAUGUUUCAGACUUAUUUUUAGUGUUUAUGUUAAGAAGAGGGAAUGCUUCAGAUGAUUUAAUGAUCAGUCUUAACGACUGAAUGCAUUCACAAGUCUGUAAUGUCUUAAUACAACAUUAUUUGACUAUUAAAAUAACUUGAUCUCUG